AUGAACGGGGAUUCGAGUACCGCCGGCGUUGCUUUACAUAAUCUGUCCAAAUCUCCGUUCGCGACCCUGACGUCGAGCCGUGCGGGCCAUUUCACCCCAAUCUCGACCACCGCCAGCAGCGCAUUCGCCACGACCGCAUCUGUGUCGCCCUCAAACUCGUCUGCAGCAGCCACAAGGGCCGCAAUGGCUGCGCCGGCUUUCAUGUCGCAGUCGCAAUCUUUCAGAGCGGGAGGGCUCGCCUCCCAACCAUCGUACUCACUGUCCAUGACCGCAAGCAGUCCCUUCGACCGCGACGCCACCAGCAAGCCUGUCCCCGUCGGAACCCCAUCACAGGUCGCAUCGGUCUUGAUCCGCCGUCUCCCCAGCGACACGACAGAGGAGAAGCUGAGGUUGAUGGUGGUCUUUUCGCACGAGCUCGUCGACGUCGAGAUGCUGUCCCCCGACCAGUCAGACGAGCCUGGCUUUCGCUCUGCCAUACUGAAGUUCAAGACUGCAGCCGGCGCGCAACAAGCAAAGGAAAUGCUGCACGGCAAGUCCAUCUCCAGAGACGCCGAGAUGAUUGUCGAUAUCCUCUCGGGAAGCCCGACUACAGCUCGGAGGUACCCGGGGGAUGUCCCUACUUCGUCUACAUCGAGCGCAGCCUCGUCAACGACAUCCUCUGGCCCUUCAUCACGACAGCCGUCCCGUUUCAACGGUGCCUUCCAGCCGAUGGACAAGAUGUCUCCCCCAAUGGGCGGCAUGUACGGAGGAAACGAGCUACCAAACCCCGAUACGAACACGGUCUAUCAAAAUCUCUUCUCGCCGCAGUCACCCAUUGGCAACCACCUGUCCGAUCGUUCGCGCAUCUCGAGCAAGACGCUCAUUAACCACGACACUGGCGACGACGAUGAAACCCAGGAGCUCCUGAACGAUCCCAUCACCUUUGCCGAGAAUGGACCAACCCAGCACCGUCGCGCCACGGCGCCUCAUCUUCCCAUCUCGAGGUUGGCUAGCCUGUCUUUGAACACAAACUCGCCAGGCCCUUCGUCCGUGCCGCAGUAUGGACAUCCCAACAUGACGCCAAUGUCUGCCCACGGGAACACCAUGUCGCCUACCGUCAUGAACAGUGCCAGCCACUCGACCAACUUCCAGCUCGGCAGUCAGCAUUUCCAGCGGCAUAACUAUCCCCCAGUGAACCCAGCAGACCAGAACCCGCCUUGCAACACGCUCUAUGUGGGCAACCUACCGAUUGACACCUCGGAAGAAGAGCUGAAGGCCAUGUUCUCCAAGCAGCGCGGGUACAAGCGCCUCUGCUUCCGGACGAAGCAAAACGGGCCCAUGUGCUUUGUGGAGUUUGAGGAUGUCUCUUUUGCGACCAAGGCCCUCCAUGAGCUUUACGGUUACCCACUCCAUAACAGCGUGAAAGGUGGCAUUCGUCUGAGCUUCUCCAAGAACCCUCUUGGUGUCCGCUCGGGUCAGGCGCCCGGACAGACCGGCUCCGCAUCCAUGACUGGGAUGAACAACAUCAUGGGCGGCUCUGGCAACGGUUUCACCACUGCUAAUGGCCCUCCGCCCGGCCUCCCUGGCCCACCAGGUCUCGCGCGCAUGGGUUAUGGUGGAGGUGCUUCAGCUAUUCCAAGUAGUGGCAAUGCCACACCUUUCACAGCAGCAUCGCCCUAUGCUGGAAACUCUGGAAGUGUGUGGAACAACCCUGUAUACAACGGCCCCUUAUCGGCCGGUGGUGGCUCUUCCUCAGCAAUGCCAAACUCCUCGUCCCCCUUUCCACCUUACAUGAUGGGAAAAUAA